AUGGAUGCGGAGAACAUGCUGCGCGAGGUUCAACCUCUCGUGGGCGAAGUGGUUCCCAUUCGCUCCGUACAGGAGACUCGCCCAGUUGAAGACUACGCGGACGCGUACGUCGCUGAAGUCAACGUCAAGACCGCGUCGAAAGUCAUCAAAGCUCUCGACUCCGCCUUCCCCCGCGACUCCUCCCACCCCCUAAAUCACCUCCGCCGCUUCGCCAAGCACAACCAGAUCCCCGAGUCACUCCGCCCCGCCCUUCUCAAGGAAGGCUACCUCCCCUCGCAAACCAUCUUCGUCCUCGUUCCGUCUCCACUCCCAGCCCCAGAGGCCCUACAGACCCUCCUGGCUCCCUUCGUACCGCCGCCCCGAGAAACCCCGCUCCCCCAAACCCCGACCGCCGGUCCCUCUUUGCCAUCCACCCCAGCACCACCACCCGCAGCCGCCGAAACCACCACCCCUGCGACCAGCAACAUCACCCUCCACACGAUAACCGUCCCAAUGCAACCCCCCUUGACCCCCACACAAGCCGAGCACUGGUCCUCAAAAAUGUGGCCCGUAGUCUUCAACCCCGCCGCGCCGCGCGCGCUGAUCGCCCCACCACCCCAGAUCCUCUCCCGGGUCCGCGACGCCAUCGCCCCGAAAGCCGGCCGCUACCUGGCUCUGGCGCAGGCCGUCGCCGCCCAGGCGGAGCGGAGCGGUCUUGGCCGCGGGGUGGGCGCCGUGGUCGUGGACCCGGAACUAGAACCCGUCCCUGAAAAUUCGACCGAAGGCGCCGAAGAGGGAAGCAGCUGGACCGACGCGAUCGUGGCCGUCGCCGGAGACGGCCGGUACUCCCGGCGGGAGGGGGGCAACCCCGCGCAGGCGGAGAUCGCGGGCGGCAGCGGGCCGAGUCCGCAUUGCGGGACGUACAAUGCCGACUGGGAAGGGGGUCCGGAGCUGCAUGCGCUGAUGCGGGCGGUGGAGUUGAUCUCGAGCAAGCGGCGGGAGGACAAGCCUGGUUCUCGACGGCAGAAGAUACGACCCGUGUUGUACGGGCUAGAGGAGUACUUUCUCCGGAAGUCGGAUGUUCCGCUCUCCUCCGCGGAGACGGGGGCGGGAGUGGCAGAGGAGGAGGAGACUGAGGAUGCGGUUGCGCCGCCGCCGGAGAAGUAUCAGAAGACUACCGAGACAGAGGCACAUGCGAUCCACCUCCAUCACCACAAGGAGGCGGAGGAACAGAAGGUAGAUGCGGAUGGGGGUGGGGAUGGGGGUGGAGGUGCAGGAGGUGUGGGGCCGCGGAUCCGCUCCCGCGAGCAGGGAGGCUAUCUCUGCAACGACCUGGAUGUGUACCUGUCGCAUGAGCCGUGCAUCUGCUGCUGUAUGGGGCUGCUUCUCUCGCGGUUCCGUGCGGUGAUAUUCCCGCGCCGCGGCCGGAUGGUGUCCGGCGGUCUGGCCUCGGAGCCCGUGGUCAAGCCGGUGCCCGUUGAGGCUGGGUCUGAUCAUCCAGUGGAGACGGCUGAGGGCGGUACUGAUGAUGCCUCGACGAAGAAUCGGGAGUACUACGGCCUACAUUGGCGCAAGGAGUUGAACUGGCGCGCCCUUGGCUUCGAGUUCGUCGCGGCUGGGGAGUCAGAGGCUACCAGUGCCGAGACCGGUGUCGCAUUUCAUGCAUAAUGCGUGCAAAAAGCC